GACAACUGACCUGUAUAAAUUUAGGCUCAAAAUAAUUGCAACAUGGCUUCGUUUCAAGUCAACGGAGGAGAAGAAAUGACUUCAGGACAGGAUGCGCAAUCCGCUCUUUUGGAGUUGGAUAAAGGUUUGAGAGCGUCCAAGGUCGGAGAGCAAUGCGAGGCUAUUGUGAAGUUUCCUUCGCUAUUUGAACGGUUCCCAUUUCCUAUUCUUAUAAAUUCUGCUUUCCUUAAACUAUCAGAUGUUUUUCGUUGUGGGAGCAAUUUUCAAAGACUUUGCGUGCUCAAGGUGACGCAGCAAAGUGAAAAACAUCUUGACAAAAUAAUGAGCACUGAGGAGUUUCUUCGUCGCAUCUUCUCGGUGAUGCACAGCAAUGAUCCUGUAGCGCGAGCCAUUACUCUUCGUGUUCUAGGAAGCAUUGCUUUAAUUAUUUCAGAGCAGAAAAAUGUCCAUCACAGUAUUCAAACAAGUCUAGAUUCCCAUGAUCACGUAGAAGUAGAUGCUGCAAUUUAUGCGACUCGAAAGUUCAGUGCUAAAUCGCAAACGUUCUCUGUGAGUGUCUGUGAUAAGCUCAUUGAACUAAUUGAAGGGCUAGCAACACCAAUUAACAUGAAACUUAAGCUGGUCCCUAUCUUCCAGUACAUGUAUCAUGAUACAGAAUCAUCUAUGAAGGCUUGGCAACUAUGUACCUCUUUAUUGACUACAUAUUCAUCAGAUAUGUUUGUAACAUCAAUUCUUCAUUCUGUAACUUUUCUUUCUGCUGCAUCACUUUUCAACAUCUCUGCCCAGAUUGAGCUAUUGCUACGAUAUAUUGUGCAAGAUCCUCGUCGUCACAUUAAGAGACAAGCUCUUCUUGAUGCUAAUAUCUUAGCAAAAAAAUCACCCCACACAUGGGAGAGAAAACAUGUUCAAAUGAUUUGCGAGUUUUUAUCCAAAACUCCUUACGACGAUUUAAGAACUGGUGUCUUGUACGUGUUGGUGACGUUAUCAUUAUCCGUUGCUAUUGGUAUCCUUGACAACGACAUCGUGUUGGAGACGAUCUGCAAUCAAAGCUGUGGCGAAUCUUUAAUGGUUAAUGCACUCAGUAAUGAAGUCUUUCUACAUAUAGCUCUCACAAGAUUGAAAAAUGAUGAAAUGAAUCGCGAGUUAUGCGAACAGGCUGUGAUUAAUUUGGAAACGACAAUUGUUGAAUGUUGUUUAGUGGAGGAGAAUAACGCGUUAAAGAUAUCUUUGGUGAGCGUAAACCGUCUCAUAUCCCAAGAUGCAACAUGGUCGUCAAACUUUGCUGAAACCUUUGUGGGUCUGUUGACCUCGAGCUCCAGCACUAUAUGCUUGCAAAUAGCGAAAGGUCUCGUCUCCAUGGCGACACAGGCACCAUCAUGUCUGGACAAAGUCAAGUCGGAACUUUAUAAACAUUUUGUAUUUAUUUGCCAACUUGAGGUUGGCGACGAUAGCCCUAAGGCUCGCGAAUUUCAAAGUCUUUUGGUGGCCAUAGCAACGCUGGUAUUUCAAGCACAUCAGCAAACUUUUGAGGGUCUCAUGAAUCAACAAGAGAUGAAGUUAAUGAUACUUCAGAAUUUAUCAAAACUUGAGGCGUCGACAAGAUAUUGGACUAUGUACAGAGUAGCAAAACAGGCUUUUAGACAGGGUUUUCAUUCGCUUUCUCAAAGUAUUUUCUCAAAUCUUACAUCAAUGGUGGCGUCGGUCCAUCUUCAUUGCUGGCUGAAAGCUCUUGCUAGCUUUAGUCUUGCUGAGUCGCAUCUAAGUGAAGCAAAGGAGACGUUGUCUCAGAUAACAGAAAAAAUAUCACAGGCCAUAAGUACUUUCCAAAAAGGCCUAGUCUCACUAAAGGCUGCAGUGACUGCAGUACAUCAACUGGAAUUUCAACAAGAGUACAUCUCAUUACGCUUACAAACAUUGCAGACACAUUCAUUCCUUUUAGCCAUUUGUGCCAGCAUUCGUUCCUGUCCUCCAUCUGCGGUCGCACAGUCUAUUGUCAUGACAACAAAACAUGAUGUUUACACUCAGAGUCGACAAAACAUACAGAUGAACGAAUGUCGUGACAAUUUUUUUUCCCUUGCUUCAUCUUAUGGGAAACUUUAUCGAAAAUCCUAUGAUGCUGACCCGGUUACACUAAACAAUAUUGAAACUCAUCAGCAGAGUUGUCUGUUAUUUGCAUGUGCAAUAGAUCUUUUGAUGAAUCGCUUAGCUCUUGACAGGAAUUCACCAAAUUUCACUAAAUCACAAGACAGGAAAACAGGCAACAAACUCGAAGCAAAAUGUCAACUAAUCUUAGAGGAAUUGCAUCGCCUUUUCAACGACUUAAAGAACGAACGCAUUUCGCACAAAGAAAUAGAGUUUCUACGUAAGAUGUCCGUGUGUAUUCUCGGAAUUCCAAUGAAACCCCCACGUUUUUUCUUCGAUCGUCUACAAUCUACAAUGAUUAAGUUGGCCGUGUCGCCAUCACAACCAAUAAAUAACGAACCUUACAGUACAUCAGUGGAUACUCAAUUGGCGUUGAAGGUAGAAGGAGUCAUAUGUCAUGGAAAAAAUACGCAGGUAUUCAGGAAGAUCAAGAGUGUCACGUUGACAGUUGACAUUACCCCUGAAGAAAGAAAGGAUUUGUUGGAUAUCAAGCAAACCUCAGGUAAAGCUGAUUCACUGAAACAGAUUGUUGAGCCGCACAACGAUUACUUUAAUACACAGUUCCUUCUUGAGUUUCCUCUCGCUAAUCUUUACACAGUCAAAGUAGCCGUGGCUGUCCUUGAUGACCGAGGGUAUAACUGGGAGACUGGUCCUGAAAGUAGUUUAACUGUAAAAGCAUUGGAGAUUCCUAGCCGAAUUCACAGAAGAUGAAAAUGUUUCGUAACGUUUGAAGCAGAUCUCUCGAAAUCCAGAGAUAAGAAUCGAGAAAGAGUUAUAUAGCGAUGAAAAUUCUCAUACCCUGACAUAUACGACUUACGAAUGGCGAAACUUGUCCUAUGCAAACGAGUAGAUCAAAAAUGUGCGUAUUUUCACGUUCUGUGUGAUAGAGAAAUUACACCGAGUCCACAUUCCUACAUGUCAUUAGUUGAAAUGAAAUGUCUUGUAGUGUACAUAAUACUUAGAAUCAAAGCAAAUUAUAUUACGACUAAACUUCUUUGAAUAA